CGUAUUAACUGACAAUAGGACUGACAGAGCUGUUCGUCUAUCGUCAUAUUGUGAUUGACUUGGGUUAUGGCAUCGUGAAAGUGUUAGAAAUUAGUGCAAAAUGUCUUAUCAACAAUUGACUGAUGAAACAUUCCCGACAAAUCUGUUAAUAGAAUUUGACCAGCUAGAUGAUGAUAUUCCCAUCAGCCCACCACAAAUCCUGCAAGCGGAUAAAACAAGCGUUGUUACUGCUGCAGAGAUACGAUCUUCCGAAGUCAUUUCGCACACUUCUGGGUCCAACACAUCCAGUGGAAACUAUAGCUUUUCUACAGAGAACGAAAAUGGUAGCGCCUCAAGCGGUUGCAGUAAUCCAACAAUCAAAUAUCAGUCCUCUACCAACAAACGUGCUAAAGCGAUGAAAGAUACAAAGAAAAUGGUUCCGAAACCGUCCGGUAAAUCUUCAGUACACCAACAAAAAUCUAAAUCACUGGAAAAUCUUGUAAAUCACAACACUAAUCAGAUGCCAUCCAAUUUAUUGAAGAGACAAAAGUAUGGUCACGUAAAAAGUAAAGUGAAGCAAUUUAUCGAUGAAACGACCAAAAAUUUGGACCGCAAACCGCUUUUGCGGCACAAAUCUAUGCCGGAUUACAGUCUCGAGUGUCCUUCGGAAGAGAUCGAUGAAAUUAAUCAGGAAACCAACAUUGACAAGUUACGAUCGUUGCUAAAAGAAAAAACUGAAGAGUUGGAAUGCUGGAAACGACAUUUAAAUUUCAGUGAAAGGCAGAGAGAGGAUAGCGUCUUAAAAAUAGGUGCAUUGCAACGAAAGAUCGAGACUAUGCGUUUGGAGCAUUCCACGAGGGACAAAGAUCGAGAACGCCAGCAUGAACGCAAAUUGGAGAACGAGCGGGAAAAACAUACAGUACUAGAGGCAUAUUUACGAUAUCGAAAUCCGUCAUUGAGCAGAAUUUUCACAUCAGUUGGCACGCAGACCAGCCCAGGUGUAUGUACGGUGUUCAACAUCAAUGCUUUUUGCAGUGACGACAGCUUUGAAGGGCUAUUGGAUGGAAGUUUCAAUGCUGCACCUGCGACAUCCACGGGAACCAGGGUCAAGCGAGCGCUUCAGUUUCCAUUGGAACCGGAACCGGAUGAACCGGAAGUGAAUGAAGUUAAUGAAAACGUUAGUCCGGAUUCAGCAUCCCAUCCAGCUGGCCCAAAUUUAAUGCAAUUAUCCGAUGCAGGACAACUAUCUCCUAAAACCGCAGGAAUAUGUGAAUCUCCUACUCAAGAUUAUGUUCAAAUUUGCAAAGAGUGCGCUAUUAAGAAAGAGAAAAAACGAAAGAAGAAAAACAGGCUGGCCAGUUUCUUCUGCAUUAAGAAAGUUAAAGAAUGAACGUGUGAUUUACUAUUUAUUUUUAUUAAUUGUACAACAGGACCUUACUAACUAACCUACAAUAUGUGACAAACAGCAGCAGAGAUUUUGUGUAGUGUGUUUUGUAGAUUGUGUUUUUGUAUUUGUAUUUUUAAAUUAUCAUAAUACAUUUGUCUUGUUUAGUUAA